AUGCAGUUAUGUUUAGGAUGGAACCAGGUGCAAACUAUUGACUCGCUUCUGCGGAAGGGUGGCUUCCGAGGUCACAUAACUCCGGAGGUGCGGAACAGCAUUUGUUUGGUGCGGUUUCAAUCAGAGAAAAUGAGCGUGUCUUACGCGGAGUACAUGGCCUACAAGCAGGAGGCCAAUCAGUACGAUCGCGUGAACGUGUUUGGAGUUUACUCGCUGUCGGACGGCGGUCAUACACACAACGGCUUACCAGGCACCGUGGUCAGUGGUGACGACUGCUAUGCUGAUCAAAAGCCGUCGAACAAGUCCGAAUACUGUGUCAAUGGGCGAUUGUACCAAAGUCGCAACAAACCGCACAGUCACCAGCGCGCUGCCGCUGACCUGAAGCUACAGGAAAAUGCUGUAUCGUGUCCUCUGAAAUCGUCUUUACACAUUCAUCUUCCGAACGCCGGCGAUUUCAGUCACAUUCUACCUCGUAAUAAUUACACGGGACCUGAAAUGCAAAAACGAAAUUAA